AUGCUUCCAUCAAGGAGAAACGGCGUCGGUGAUAGCGGCAGCUUUGUCGAGCCGCCCCUGCCACAAGCUGCCGGCUACGUUAUUGUCAUCGUGAUUGGCUUUUUGAUCGCACUCAUCAUGAUGGCAAUAACUCGUGUAUUGAAGAAGACUGCGGGGGAAGAUAACAAUAAAACAGAAAUGUUCAUGACGGCCAAUCGCACAGUCGGCACAGGACUAACAGCAUCGGCCGUCAUUUCGUCCUGGCUUUGGAGUACGGCGAUGCUUGGAAGCACUCUUGUGGGCUACAACUUUGGCGUUGCCGGUCCCUUUUGGUUUGCAGCAGGCUGCUCACCCAUGAUUGUCUUCUUCUCCUUGCUCGGCAUCGCCUGCAAACUCCGAGUGCCGGAGGCUCAUACAUUGUUAGAAAUUGUCAGAAUCAGAUACGGCACGCAGGGCCAUGUGGUCUGGAUUGUGCUGUGCUUGAUCAACAACAUCAUUGCUGUAGCAAAUAUGCUUCUCGGUGCCAGUGCCGCCAUUUCCGCUCUUACCGGAAUGCAUAUCAUUGCUGCCACGUUUCUAUUGCCCGUUGGGGUUGUGUUGUACACGUUUGUCGGAGGCAUCAAGGCAACCUUUUUAACCGACUACUUCCACACGUUUGUCAUUACAAUACUUGUUUGCUUUUUUACAAUCAAGGUAUUCUUGGUUCCUGAGAUUGGGACGCCGCAAGAUAUGUUCGAUAUCAUCGCCAAGGCUGGCCAAAUCCAUCCCGUUGACGGUAAUCGAGACGGGUCAUAUCUUACCAUGACGAGUAAAGGGGCUCUUCUGUUUGGUAUAAUUCACAUUCUGGCCAACUUUGGACUUGUCAUCAUGGACACGGGCUUCUUUGCAAAGGCAUUCAGUGCUGCGCCGCACGCCGUAGUUCCUGGGUACAUUGUCGGAGGAAUCGCAUACUUUGCCAUCCCGUGGUGUCUCGGGACCAUUAUGAGCUUCGCGGCGCUGAGUCUAGAGGAUACGGAGCGCUUUCCAACGUUCCCUCGACGCCUGUCGCCUACAGAAGUCUCCAAUGGUCUAGUUCUUCCGUAUGCCGCCGUCGCCAUCGCGGGCAAGGGCGGUGCCGUUGCCGUGGUGUUGAUUACCUUCAUGGCGGUUACGUCAACCAUCAGUGCCCAAGUCAUCUCGGUUUCCUCCAUCAUUAGUUUCGACAUAUACCGGCAAUACUUCAACAAGGCUGCCAAAGACAGCGACGCCAUCCGAUGGACCCAUAUAGGCGUUGUUGCGUUUGGCAUCUUCUCGGCGGCUUUCUCGACAGCACUGCAUUACGGCAACGUGGAUCUUGGCUGGACUCUAUACAUGCUUGGUGUAUUGACCUGCCCCGGAAUCGUCCCAACCGUAUUCACCAUUCUGUGGAAACGCCAAUCCAAGCUGGCUGCCAUAAGUUCGCCAAUAUUAGGAAUGGCAACUGGCAUCGGCGUGUGGCUGGGUUCAGCGGCAGCUCUCUAUGGAGAAAUCAGCGUGGCCACGACCGGGCAGACGUUGCCUUGCGUCUAUGGAACAGUCGCCUCUGCCUUCAGUCCAGCCUUGUACUCGGUCGUUGUCACCGUCAUUAGGCCGGACAAUUUUGACUGGGCUUCCUUCCGGAACGAAAGACUGGCCUUUACCGCCUCAUCGACAAGUGUGGCCGAUGUGUCAGAGUCGGACAAAAAUGAGAAAAAGACGCACGAUGAAUACAUUCAGAGCUAUGCCGCCGACAAGGCCAAGCUGAAACGCUGGGGAACGAUUGCAGCAGUCUGGAGCUUGGCCACAUUUCUGGGACACUGGGUUCUCUGGUGA